AUGCGCCGGGCCAGCCGAGACUGCGGCAAGUACCUGCGCGGCUCGGAGGAGAUGGGCGGCGGCGGCGGCCCGCACGAGGGCCCGCUGCACGCCCCGCCGCCCGCGCCCGCGCCCGCGCCCGCCGCGCCGGCCCCCGCAGCCUCCCGCUCCACGUUCGUGGCCCUCCUGGGGCUGGGGCUGGGCCAGCUCGUCUGCAGCGUCGCCCUGUUCCUGUACUUCCGAGCUCAGAUGGAUCCUAAUAGAAUAUCAGAAGAUAGCACCCACUGCAUUUAUAAAAUUUUGAGACUCCACGAAAAUGCAGAUUUGCAAGACACAUCCAUGCAGAGUGAAGACACGAAAGUAAUACCUGACUCAUGUAGGAGAAUUAAGCAGGCCUUUCGAGGAGCUGUGCAGAAGGAAUUACAACACAUCUUUGGGUCACAACACAUCAGACCAGAAAAAGCUAUGAUGGAAGGUUCACGGUUUGAUCUGGCUAAGAGGGGCAAGUCUGAAACUCAGCCUUUUGCUCAUCUUACUAUUAAUGCCACUAAUAUCCCAACAGGUUCCCGUAAAGUCAGUCUGUCCUCUUGGUACUAUGACCGGGGCUGGGCUAAGAUCUCCAAUAUGACUUUGAGCAACGGGAAACUACGGGUUAACCAUGAUGGCUACUAUUACCUGUAUGCCAACAUUUGCUUUCGGCAUCAUGAAACUUCCGGAGACCUAGCUACGGAGUAUCUUCAGCUGAUGGCAUAUGUCACAAAAACCAGCAUCAAGUUCCCAAGUUCGCAUACCCUGAUGAAAGGAGGAAGCACCAAGUACUGGUCAGGGAAUUCCGAAUUCCACUUUUAUUCCAUAAAUGUGGGAGGACUCUUUAAGCUGCGAGCCGGUGAGGAAAUCAGUGUGGAAGUGUCUAACCCUUCCCUGCUGGAUCCUGACCAAGAUGCUACGUACUUUGGGGCUUUUAAAGUUCGAGACAUAGAUUGAGACUCGUUCUGUGGAGAAUCAGCAUGCCUUUCCUAGAUGUUUGGCAACUUUGUACCAAGAAACCAAGGAAUGUGUAUAUAAGGACGUAAGACUACUAAGAGGCAUGGCCCACAUGGUACAAGGAUUUUGUUCUGGGCUGUUGACCCCAUGGAAAGCCUGCAUGUGUACAGCCAAUGGGAGAUGUUGGACUCGGGGGCUACAUAGUGGUUUUACAACGUUGUAAUGAAUUGCUAGAAUCCAACCAGAUUGGAGGAAGUACAGAUGCCUUCAUCAAAAAACAAAAACAAAAACAAAA